ACUUUGACCCGGACGCACUAAAGCGGGGUCCCGCGUGCACACUGUCACCGUGUCCCCGCGUGCAGCCGAGCGCAGCUCUCACGUCACUCUCACGUCACUCUGACGUCACUCUGACCUCACACUGCGGGCGAUGACGUCAUGAAGUUUCGAGGGAAAAUCGUGGACGUCGCGUGCCUGAACCACGUGACCCGAGUCAUCAGCACCAUCUCCAAGCUGACCAAGACCUGCGUCCUGCGGCUCACUGCAGACAACCUGUUCUUCGUCCUGUCCGGCAAAGUGGCUAACGGCGGCGUCAGCAUGUGGUGUGAACUGUCACAGGCCAACGUCUUCGACGAGUACCAGAUGGAGGGCGUAUCCUCUGAGGACAACGAGAUCUGUCUGGAGGUGACUCCAGAGAACCUGUCCAGAGCGCUGAAGACGGUCCAGAACGCCAAGGCGGUCAAAGUGAAACUGACCAAGAAGCACUGUCCCUGCCUCACCAUCGCAGCCGAGCUGCCCACCCUGUCCAGCAUCAGUCGGGUCGUCACUCACGACGUCCCAGUUGACGUCAUUCCCCGGAGACUCUGGCACGAGUUCAAAGAACCGAGCAUGCCGGACUUCGAUGUGAGCGUCUACCUGCCUCCUCUGAAGACCAUGAAGAACGUCGUGGACAGAAUGAAGAACCUCUCCAACUUCCUGGUGAUAGAGGCCAACCUGAGCGGAGAGAUGAACCUGAAGAUCGAGACAGACCUGGUUUCAGUCACCACUCACUUCAAAGACCUGGGAAACCCUCUGUGGGGCGAUGACGCCUCCCAGGACGGUGGUCCGUCUCCGAGCAGGGACCCAGAAGCCAUGGCCCAGGCCAGAGUGGACAUCAGGAAGCUGCAGCAGUUCCUCAUGGGGCAGCAGGUCAAUCCCAGCAAGGCCAUGUGCAACAUCGUCCAUGAGAGGGUGGUCCACCUGAUUCUGCUGCAUGAAGACGUGUCGCUGCAGUAUUUUAUCCCCGCUGUGGCGUAGACGCUCUGCACACGACUCCUGUCACCUGCUUACCUGCUUCAGGUGCCACGUGGCAAAGGAAAGAACCCAUGAGACCAAAGUCCUGAUGGACAGUGUCUGAAAGACUUGACCACUAAGCUUUAGUAAGAACAUGAACAUGCUGGUCAAUGUAGAUAGAGAAAAGAGUUCAGACUGUUCAGAUUGUUUGUGUUCUGCAUUAAAAGUGUCCUGACAUUCACAGAACUCCA